CGUUUACGCCCGCCAGCACGCGCCCGCUCCCAGCACGGCGAUUUUUGCAGAGAUCGCAUCUCAAAGCGGAUUCAGUCAACGGCGUCAGCUCAAUUUGUCGAGUCGGUUUUUCUGUCGUCGUCGCGGAAGUCACUAAGCCAAGUUAAUUAAACUGCCAACGCAACGCAACGCAACGGAAAACACGCUACGCUCAAAGUUCUGUGUAUUUAGUGUGAAGUGUGACAAGAAUAUAAAAAACAAAUCAAAUCGAUAUCAAUACCAUAUUUGAAUAUUUGCAAAGCAAAGAAGACCAAGUGCAAACAAACUAGUGAAAUUUAAUUUAUUUUAUUGUUCAAUCUGAUCAAAUUGGCGCCACUCGCUCUCAACAUGUCCAGCCACGAGGAGGAUGAGCACGAGCAUGAGCACGAGCAUGGCGACGAUGUGGAGGAGCAGGAAAUACACGUCGAUGUCGAUUCCGAUUCGCGAAUGUCAUGCGGCAGCGGCUCCGAUGUGGAUAUGGAUGGUGGCAGUUGCUACGACGAAUCCGAAACGCCACUCAGCGAAUCACUGCAGUCGGAACAGACACGCUCCUCGUCCAGCGAGAAUCUGCCCUUCAGCAUAUCCCGGCUGCUCUCCAAACCCUUCGAGACCAACAACAACAACAACAACAGCAGCAAUAAUAACAACAGCAGCAAUAUACAAAGCAGCAGCCCCAACAACAACAACAACAACAGCGCCGUCGAUGACAAAGAGCUGCAGGCAGACGAUCAGGAUUUGGCUGCCUACAAACUGGCCACCAGCAUUGCGAACUCAACCUACGGCAGCGCCGCCGCUCUCUACACAUAUCCGCAUCUUUAUCCGUCGGCAGCCGCCGCUGCCGCUGGCCAUGUGCUGCGAGUGCCACCGCAGCGCACACCGCUAACCUGGGCACUUCCGCCUCUGCAUCAUGCGGCGUUGGCGCAUCAGGCGGUCAAGGAUCGACUGGCAGCUGCAUUUCCCAUUGCCCGUCGCAUCGGACAUCCCUAUCAGAAUCGCACGCCGCCCAAGCGAAAAAAGCCGCGCACAUCCUUCACACGCAUCCAGGUGGCCGAGCUGGAGAAACGCUUUCACAAACAAAAGUAUCUCGCAUCUGCGGAGCGAGCUGCUCUCGCCCGUGGCCUCAAGAUGACCGAUGCUCAGGUGAAGACGUGGUUCCAAAAUAGACGCACCAAAUGGAGACGUCAGACAGCCGAGGAGAGAGAAGCCGAACGUCAAGCGGCCAAUCGCCUGAUGCUUUCCCUACAGGCGGAGGCCAUUAGCAAAGGAUUCGCACCGCCCGCGGCUCCGCUCAGCUCUCAAACUGGGGUCAAUGGCGCUCCGCUGGCUGCGCUUCAUGGUCUGCAGCCGUGGGCGGAGGCGUCGCAUGCAGCGGGCUGCUAAUCGUCUACAAACCUAGCAUAUGUCGCAUAGUCUAUAAGGUUUAUUUGUGAUAAAGUUUGCUUUGUAAAUACAGUUGAAGUAAUGCAGUUCUGCUACAAUUUGUAAAUAUUUAGCUAUACUUCCUAGAUACAUCCACACACACAC